UGCAAUAGACAUUUUGUUCAACGCAGAGAGGAUUAUUUUUGUUUGAAGAUGGCCAAAGACAGAACUGCGUAACGUUGGAUAUUGGUAACAGUUUCGCGCGUCACCUUUAUUUGUUCGUUUAAAAUGAAUAUAUAUGUAUAAUCUGACCAGGUAGCGGCACUUACUUCUGGAUUUCUCUGUCGUUCGCAAUGGAAGCUGGAGGACAGAUGCGCAAAAGGGAGCACUGGAGAACGGUUCUUUGUUUUCUUCUGUGUUUUGGGCAGCAGCUUUCAGCUCAGAUAAGAUACUCUGUUCCAGAAGAGGUAAAAGAGGGAUAUGUUGUAGGAAAUAUCGCUAAGGAUUUAGGACUUGAUGUGAACACUUUGAUGGACAGACGGUUCCGAAUUGUGUCCGGGUCAGAUGAAGCGCUUUUCAUGGUAAAUCAACACAAUGGCGUUUUAUAUGUCCAAAGAAAAAUCGACAGAGAGGCGCUAUGUGAUAGUACUGGAGCAUGUUUGAUUAACCUAAAAAUAGUAGUGGAAGAUCCACUUGAGCUUCAUUAUAUUGUCGUUGAGAUAACUGAUGUAAAUGACCACUCCCCUACAUUUACAGAAAAAGAAAAGCGAUUAGAAAUAUCAGAAAACGCUCCGCAAGGAACGCGUUUUCAGCUGCAAGUGGCGCGUGACCCUGAUAUUGGAUCCAAUUCUGUGCGCUUGUAUAAAUUGAGUCAAAACGAGAAUUUUGCUUUAGAAAUAAGGGACAGGGCAGAAGAUAAACUGCCUUUUCUGGUUUUGCAAAAGCCCCUUGACCGUGAGCACAGAGCUGAACACAAUUUAAUAUUAACAGCAAUAGAUGGAGGCAAUCCGCAGAGAUCAGGAACAUUAAACAUAACCGUAUUUGUUCUUGACGUAAAUGACAACCGUCCUUUGUUUAGUCAGGAUGUUUAUUCUUCAACUCUGCACGAAAAUGUGGAAAUUGGAACAUUAGUAAUAAAAGUUAAGGCAAUUGAUUCUGAUUACGGUCCAAAUGGUGAAGUGUCUUACACUUUUGGAGAGGACAACAACGAAAACAUGUUUCAUAUAUUUGGCCUGAAUAGAUUAACUGGGGAAAUCCGCGUUAUAGGAGAGGUUGACUUUGAAAAGAACAGUGUUUAUAAGCUGGACAUACAGGCAUUUGACAAUGGACAGCCGCCUUUGAACACUGAUUGUAGAGUAAUUAUAAAGAUACUUGAUUUAAAUGAUAAUGAGCCAAUCAUUGAUGUGACGUCACUAUCGAAAAUGGUGCCUGAAGACUCCAAGCCUGGCACUGUAAUCUCACUCAUUAGUGUUACUGACAGAGACACUGGUGUUAAUGGGAAAGUUGUGUGCUCUCUCUCAGAAAAUGUUCCAUUUGAAUUAAAACAAUCAGUUCAGGAAAACAUGUACUCGUUAGUGACUAAAGGGAACUUGGACCGUGAAACUGUUUCACAUUAUGACAUUACAAUAACAGCGAGAGACUUGGGUCAACCUCCACUGUCCUCAUAUAAAAUUCUAAGCGUGCAGGUGUCAGAUGUUAAUGACAACCCGCCUGAAUUCAGCCUAAAUCCAAUUGAAUUAUAUGUGAUUGAAAACAACGCUGCAGGCGCGCCCAUUCUCACGCUGAGUGCUUUUGACAAAGACCUAAAUAAAAACUCUGCGAUUUCAUAUCAGAUUAUUAAAGGGAAUGGGACACAAAGUGACAUGACAUCUUUUCUGAAUAUUAAUUCAGAAACAGGCGUAAUAAGUGCUCUCAAAAGUUUUGACUUUGAAAUAGUCAAAAAGUUUCCCUUCCACGUACUUGCUACAGACUCUGGAACUCCGUCUCUGAGCAGUAACGUGACAGUGAACGUGUUUAUUCUGGAUCAGAACGACAAUGUUCCAGUGAUCUUAUAUCCAGUCAGCGCUAACGGUUCUGCUGAGGGUGUGGAAGAGAUUCCUCGUAAUGUGAACGCAGGUCAUUUGGUGACUAAAGUCAGAGCCUAUGACGCAGAUAUAGGAUACAACGGCUGGUUAUUAUUUUCACUGCAGGAAGUUAGUGACCACAGUCUCUUUGGUUUGGACCGCUACACAGGACAGAUAAGGACCCUUCGCUCAUUCACAGAAACAGACGAGGCCCAGCAUAAACUGGUCAUACUGGUCAAAGACAAUGGGAACGUUUCUCUCUCAGCAACAGCGACUGUGAUUGUCAAAGUUGUGGAGCCCAAAGAGGCUUUUGCAUCUUCUGAUGUGAAAAACACAGUAAAAGAUGAGGAGGAAAACAACUUGACGUUUUAUUUGACCAUCACUUUGGGCUCGGUUUCAGUGCUUUUUGUCAUCAGCAUCAUCGUGUUGAUUGUAAUGCAGUGCUCUAAAUCGACAGACUGUUCGUCCAAGUAUUUACAGGAUACAAAUUACGACGGGACUCUGUGUCACAGCAUCCAGUACAGAUCUGGAGACAAACGGUACAUGUUAGUUGGACCCAGAAUGAGUAUCGGCUCUACUAUAGUCCCAGGCAGUAAUGGAAAUACUCUAGUGAUCCCAGAUCGCAGGAGGAGAGAUUCUGGAGAGGUAAGAAUGUCGAUUAUUUAUUUAUUUAUUGAACCACUCGAUGUCACUGUUGCUCUAGUAUUUGUGUAG